CGACCGAGAUGGCGGCCUCCGGGGGCCUAGAGGGACCUUGGGCGUGCACUCGCCCUUCCGGCUCGGACGUUAGUUAGUGACCAGCUCCUCGGUGUUCUGCAGAGAGUGGGUUUCAGCGAGUUCUACGUGCCAGGUCCGCCCGGUGCCGGCUUCCUCGCUGCCCCUGGCGGCUCGUCAGCCCCCACUUUCCCUGAACUUGGUCCCAAUGGCGGCCCGCCCCUCCUUCACCCGGACCGUGGGCAUCUGGGCCUCGCCGAAGCCGCCAAGGUGGUUGCUCGGGCUUCUAGAGCCUGUGUCCAGCCCUUUGCCACCGAGGCCUGAUCGUCUUUUCUGCCCUAAAGAACUUGCCCUGACAGCCUCUCGCUCCCGCUCCUGAGGAUCUUGCUUGUCCAAACCCAGAAGACAGUGCAUGAAGCCAGGGGACAUCCGCCAUGCUCCAAACAACUUGGCCUCAGGAGUCAGUGACCUUUGAGGAUGUGGCUGUUUACUUCACCCAGAAUCAAUGGGCCAGCCUCGACCCUGCGCAGAGGGCCCUGUACAGGGAGGUGAUGCUGGAGAAUUAUGCAAAUGUGGCUUCCCUGGUAGCAUUUCCAUUCCCCAAACCUGCUCUGAUCUCCCACCUGGAGAGAGGGGAAGCACCAUGGGGCCCAGAUCCCUGGGACACCGAGAUUCCGAGAGGCAUCAGUCAAGGUGGUGAGUCCUGGAUCAAAAAUGAAGGGCCAGUUAUAAAGCAGGAAGCCUCUGAAGAAAUGGAGUUGCACAGAAUGCCAGUAGGAGGACUUCUCAGGAAUGUUUCUCAGCACUUUGAUUUUAAAAGAAAGGCACUGAAGCAGACUUUCAAUCUAAAUCCAAAUCUGAUACUUCGAGGUGGAAUGAAGUUCUAUGAAUGUAAAGAAUGUGGGAAAAUCUUCCGAUAUAACUCAAAGCUUAUUCGGCAUCAGAUGAGUCAUACUGGGGAAAAGCCCUUUAAGUGUAAGGAGUGUGGCAAAGCUUUCAAGUCCAGCUAUGACUGUAUUGUACAUGAGAAAAACCACAUUGGAGAAGGGCCCUAUGAAUGUAAGGAGUGUGGCAAAGGUUUGAGUUCCAACACAGCCUUGACUCAACAUCAGAGGAUCCACACUGGAGAGAAACCCUAUGAAUGUAAAGCGUGUGGAAAGGCUUUCCGUAGGAGUGCAGCAUACCUGCAGCAUCAGAGAUUACACACAGGAGAGAAACUCUAUAAAUGUGAGGAAUGUUGGAAAGCUUUCGGUUGUAGGUCACUUUUUAUUGUCCAUCAGAGAAUUCAUACUGGGGAGAAACCUUACCAAUGUAAGGAGUGUGGCAAAGCCUUCACCCAGAAAAUAGCCUCCAUUCAGCAUCAGAGAGUUCACACUGGGGAGAAGCCUUAUGAAUGUAAGGUGUGUGGGAAAGCCUUCAAAUGGUAUGGAAGUUUUGUUCAGCAUCAGAAAUUGCACCCUGUGGAGAAGAAGUCAGUCAAGGUCCUUGGGCCAUCCCUGGUCAGUCCCCAGUGCCCCUCUCCAGCCUUACCUCCUGUUCUUCUCCAGGGAUCCUGUUCUGCUCCAGCCGUGGCUGUGCCUUCACUGACCUUUCCACAUGCUGUGCUCAUUCCUACCUCUGGGAAUUUGUUCAUGCUGCUGCCUACAUCUGGAAUACCUUCUUCAUCUGCCCAAAUAGUGCGUGUCUUCCAGGGUCUUACUCCCACUGUGAAACCUUCCCCAGUUAUUCUCACCCCUUCCUCUCACUCCUCAUGAGCUUUAUCUUGUCAGUCUUAUGGCUCUUAUGCCUGGCAAAUCUCCACCCUAAUUUUAUAUAUUUUUUUGAGACAGGGUCUUGCUCUGUCACCCAGGCUGGAGUGC